AUGUACCAGGGCUCCAACUCCUUUCUCGGCGGAGGCAAUGGCCUUCAGCCGGGACAGCCGCAGUAUGGCGCUCCUUUCAAUCAGCAGCAACCGCAGCAGCAGCAACAGCAACAGCAGCCGGGUCCGUUUGUGCCCCAGCCGACCGGCUACGGCCAGGCUCCCCUCCAAUCGCAAUACACCGGCUAUCCAGGUCUGCAGCCCCAAGCGACGGGCGUUCCUCCCCAAAUGCCAGGCCAGCUUCAGGCACAGUAUACCGGCUUUCCCGGUCAGAUGUCGCAGCCAGGAUUCCAGCCUGCCGCGCCGCCCGUGCCUGUCAUUCCGCAGCAGUACCAGCAGCAGCAGUCCAGCCUGCAGCCGACUCUCCCGCAGCAGCCAUCGAUCAGCUACGCUCCUGCACCCCAGCAGCUCCCAGCCCAGACCGGAUUUGCCGCCCCUGCCGCGCCGAUGAAGCCGCAGCCGACAGGCUUCCAGGAGAUGGCGGCCUCGUUCCAUACCGGUGGGGGGGCUGCUUCCCGGCCGGCGACCGCGAACCGGCCAACUCCGAAGAUCCCCAACAUUCGCCUCUCCUUUAUCACGGCACAAGAUCAGGCCAAGUUCGAGACGCUCUUCAGAUCGGCCGUGGGCACGGGACAGACCACAAUGAGCGGCGAAAAGGCCCGAGACCUUUUGCUGCGGUCGCGCCUGGACGGAGACUCGCUCUCACAAGUCUGGACAUUAGCAGAUACGACGCGCUCGGGACAGCUUCACUUCCCGGAAUUUGCGCUGGCUAUGUACCUCUGUAACUUGAAGCUGACGGGCAAGACUUUGCCGGCCGCCCUUCCGGUCACCAUUAAGAAUGAGGUAUCGAGCAUGGUCGACAUUAUCAACUUUAGCAUAACAGAAGACAGUGCCGGCGGCGCUGCCAACAAUAUUCCGGCAAUACAACAUCCGCAGCCGCAGCCGUCGAGCUCUCAGCUUCUGCAGGCCUCCAUGACUGGUUACCCUGGCCAGCAGCAGCAGCAGCAGUCUGCUUUUCUAGGCCAGCCCACCGGCCUGCAGCCACAACAGACUGGAUACCCAGGGCUGCAACAAAAUCCUCAGCCAACUGGUUAUGCCGGUCCUCUGCCUCCUAUGCCGCCCAUGCCAACAGGGUACGGCGGCGCUGGUGGCAUGCUUGCUCCUCUGAAUGCGCAGCCGACGGGAAUGCCGGGCCAGUGGGGCUUGGUCAACACGCCGACAUCAGGCCUGCCAAACAUCGACGCUCUCCAGGCCCGGAUGAUGCCGCAGAUGGGCGGCAGUGCCCCGAACAACUAUACCACGGCCGGGUUGCAAGGGAACGCGCAGAUCCCUUGGGCGAUCACGAAGGGCGAGAAAACCAAGUACGACAACAUCUUCCGUGCUUGGGAUGGCAUGGGCAAGGGCUACAUUGCUGGCGGGCAGGGCAUUGAAAUCUUUGGCCAGAGCGGUCUGGAUAAGCCGGACCUGGAACGAAUCUGGACACUGGCCGACAGCGGGAACAAGGGCCGACUAAACCUGGACGAGUUCGCGGUGGCCAUGCACCUGAUCUAUCGUAAGCUCAACGGGUACCCUGUGCCAUCGCGACUGCCUCCUGAGCUGGUGCCGCCAUCGACCAGAAACUUUUCUGAGUCGCUCGAUACGCUGAAGACUCUGGUCAACCAAGAGUCGGACUAUCGGAAGAACUCUGGCGCCGCGCUGCUUCCGCAGAAGACAGGCGUCAGCUAUCUUAAAAGCCAUUCGUUCCGCGCCUCCGGGGGUGCCUUUGCGGCCAACCGGAAGGACGGUACCGUGUUCAAGAACAACGACGAGGAUGUGGGCUACCGGUCGAGUGCUCGGCGCAGAGUCGGAGGUGCCACGUCACCCCGUCCUGGCUCGCCUGCGUCGACGACAUCCAAUGACGAGAUCACGCUGGAGCAGCUGCGCAAGAGAGUGCGGGAGAAGCAGGUGCUGCUGGACGCGCUGGAUUUCAGCGACGAGAAGAACGCGGAGGAAGACGAUAUUCUCGACCGAAAAGACCGUCACGAGGCCGAUGAGCUGUACCGGCGCAUUCGAAGGCUGCAGGAAGACAUUGACAGCCACCCCAACGCGUCUCUGGUCAGCAACAGCGGUGACUCGGACGCGGAGAGGCGGACUCUUCAGCGCCAGCUGCAGGGCCUGACAGACCGGGUUCCGAGCCUGGCAUCGCAGGUGCGAAAGACGGAGAAGGAGAUUUCCGAAGCGAGACUGGAGCUGUUCCGGCUCAAGGACGCCAAGGCACAUCCUGGAAGCUCAGAGCCUGUUGUUGGCACGGGUCCUGGCGGUUCGGUGACGGAGUCAGACCGGGUCAAGGCGCGGGCGAAGGCGAUGAUGCGGCAGCGGACUGCGGCACUCCGAGGCGAGAAGAUCGAGACGGAAGACGCCGGGGAUUCGGCAAGACGCCUGGACGAGGAGAGCAUCAAAGUGCGCAACGAGAAGGAGGCCAACGAGCGGAUGGUGCAGGACGUUGAGGACAGCGUGCGCGACUUUGCCAAGGGCAUCGAGAGCAGCAUCAAGGAGACGGGGGACAGCUCGUCGUACGAGCACGAAAAGCGUCGAUGGGAAGACGCUCUGGGAGUGGAGGACGAGGUGCGCGACUUCAUCUUUGAUCUGCAGCGGUCCAGCCGGGCCAACCGGGUGCGUGCACAGGAGCGACGUCAAGAUGGCCGCACGGCCUCGGUCGAGCCGGGUGCGUCGGACUCUGCUCCAAGCUCUCGCCACGACAGUCCAGCUUCGGCUUCGCGUGCUGCGGCCCCAGCAGCAGGUGGCAAUUCCGGUGGCGGUUCUUACGCAGCGUACAAGACGCCGGAAGAGAGAGCGGCUUACAUUAAGGAGCAGGCGGCCCAACGGAUGCAGGAGCGGCUGGCGGCCAUCGGCAUUAACCGGCGAGGCGAGAACUCUGCGCAGAGGGCAGAACGGGAGAAAGCAGAGCGGGCAGAGAAAGCACGUCUGGCCGAGGAAGAAACAGCCCGCCGUGAUGCCGAGCGUAAGGCACGGCUGGCAGAGGAGCAGGGCGUGCCACCGCCAGCAGCACCGGCGCCCGCAGUCGAGAGCAAGAAGUCGCCUCCGCCACCGCCAGCUCGCGCGAUGCCAGAGAGCCCGGCCAAAGCGCCUCAACCACGGGAAAUAGCACCUGCAGAAGACGACGAGCUUACGUCAGCAGAGUCUCGACUCAAGGCGCUAGAAGAAAAGGUGCGGCUGAGCAAGCUGAAGAAGGAAGAGGAGAAGCGAAAGAAGAAGGCGGCCCAUGCGGAGGCGAAGGAGAAGGAGGCCAAGCUAGCAGCACGGCGAGCCGAGAUCGAGGCAGCACGGAAGCGCGAGGAGGAGCUACAGCGCCAACUGGAGGCCAUGGACGACAACUCGGACAACUCGGACAACUCGGACAACUCGUCAGACGACGAGGGCCCGCAGCAGGCGACACCGCAGGCAUCAACACCGACGUUGGGCGGCAGCCAGAUCAGCAACCAGGAGCCGCCGGCAGUGACAGUUGCGGCCGCUGCAGCCACGUCGCCACUCAGCGCAGAUUCCGAGGACGUGAAGCCGGAGAGCCGCAACCCGUUCUUCAAGAUGUUGUCGCAGUCGAGCAGCGACAACACGACGGCACCGGCAUCGGUAGAGGUCACGCCGGCAGUCACCAGCACUGCUUCUCCGGCGGCCAGCGCUGCCACUUCGACGAACCCGUUCCACCGCAUGACAAUCAAUCCGGUUGCUGCAGCGACUCCGGCUGCGAUUCCGGCUGCCCGGAUUACGCGCAAGCGUGCCGACACAGACGACGACGGCUGGGGCUCCGAUGCCAACGAAGAGGAAGAAGAGGACUCGGACGACGACCGGCCGGGUGGCAGAAGCGCGGCCGAGCUGGCAUCUCGGCUCUUUGGCAGCAUGGCGCCUCCACGGCCGUUGUCUGCGGCUGGUGACAAGAGAGAGACCACUCCAUCUCCGGUACCGCCCUUUGUCGCACCGACAGCCGUUCCAGCAGCACCUCCGCCACCACCGAUGCCUUCCGUUGAGUCGGCCGAGUCGGCCCCGAUGACAGCCCCUCCUCCACCUCCACCUGGCCCGGCACCAACCCUUCCUGGCUUUGGUGCUCCAGAGGCUCCGUUCGGUGCACCGCCUCCCCCGCCUCCUCCACCUCCGGGUAUGAUGGAUGCCCCCGGAGGCGCACCACCACCACCGCCACCGCCGCCACCGCCGCCGCCACCACCGCCUGCAGGCGGUCCUGCUCCUUCAGCAUCAAUCAACAGCAGUAUCUCGUCUGCCGUCUUGGGCGAGGUCAGACAGGGAAUGAAGCUGAGGAAGACGGUGACCAACGACAAGAGCGUGGCUGCUACGGCGGGCCGGGUGCUGGAUUAG